GUCACUCUCUAGAUCGGUCCGGUUCGCUGCUUCCUUCAACAUCAACAUGAUCACUCGGCGUCGGCGCUAAUGUUAUUCAUCUUGACGCGUUUCUCUUUCUCGAUGUGAGACUAGAGGCGAUUGCCGUCUGGUGCGGCUCCGAUAGCUCCAUCCGAAGGGGCGGAAUGUGGAAGAAGUGGCAGUCCGCCCCCUACUUCUCAUACAACUUGCCGGCACCGUCACCAUGUCCAUGUAGUUGAUGUUCGUGCCUCGUGUAAUGCGAGUAAAGAUACUUAAACAGGUCGCGGCGGUGGGCGGGGGAGAGGCCAAUGAAGGUACCAGCAGGUGGUCCAGUCGGCGACUACGAGCAGCUACUUCCAUGACCCCCGAACAGUUUUAGUUGAUCGUGUAGUCUGCUUCUGUGAGACACGCACACCAACAGGCUGCACACUCGUCAUCCACUUCUACUGGCGAGCGAUAACAAUUCUGCAGCGUCGAGCCAGUCGCGCGAAAAAACGACCACACGUCGGAAGUAUCCAAACCAUGACACUGUUCCAAACGUCUCAGCUCCUCGCAGCAGGGGGAGCCGUCACGGCGACCAGUGCAGCUGCCGUCCAAAUGACCCCUGCGCCCGACAUCAACAUGGUCUUUUGCCUGGACAUUGUGCACAGCCUGGGCGCCACCGUGGCGAGCUUUUUUUCGGCCCUGACCUUUUUCACCGAGUGGAAGAAGCAGACGGGGUGCACCGACGAUUUCCGGGCGAGUUCCGAUCUAAACGUAUUAGAGAGAACCUACAGCAGCAGAAAUAUCGGGGGAGGCGGGGAGGAAGAAGGAGCGCCUGCUGGUGGAGGAGCUUUCGACACAUCUACUACGACCACCAGCGUAUCGGGCGAUGGCAGUUCAACUUCAAGUGCAGCUGCUGCAGCAGUCUCUGCUUCGAACUCGACGACAGAGGGAAGCAGCUACCAAAUUGCUGAUCAACAUCAAGGAAAAACAGAUCCGACCAAAGUUGUCCACGAUCCGGGUGGGCGAAUGACGGGUUCAGGGAAAAAAACAAAUCGGAAAACAGGACUUCGAAGAAUACGAGAAGAACAAGGCCGUGGAGGCACAGGCGGCGGUGGACGGUGCAAUGUGUACCUGAAAAUCAACAGCCCGUUGUCCGACGCAAACGGCACCGAUUGGGGUCUCUGGAGUCAGGAAACGCCCCUAGCGGCAUACCAGCGCUUGCCGUCCUGGGAAAGGCAAAAGCUGCCGCAUGCGAGGUAUUUAAAUAUGAUCGAUCAUCAUGACGCCAUGCCCAUGUACCACAUUGAUUUGAAGACUGGUUGGAACUGGGAGUAACAUCAAAUUGUGUUUUGAACAACAAUUUACUGGUAUUUGGGUACUACAAAACUUGGUGAUUUCCUCGUGAUGUGUGCGGUCAGCAUCCACCCCCAGUCUUUGAUGUCGAUUGUUGACCAACGAUUUUCCAGGCUGUCCGACCUCUUGGACCUUCGGUUGUUGGAACGCGGCUUGGGAAUUUUCAUCAAGGAGUUUGAUGAGGAUAUCGUUAUCAACAACACCACUGUGGUUUGCGACACCCAUACCGAAGCCGAUUUGAACGUGAAUCCGGAUUCCGUGCAGUUUAACAAACGAAGCGUGCUUUUGGAAGGAAAUUUGGCGAAAGCACGGAGUAACAAUAUCGCGGAGCUGAAGCAGGCCAGCUGCGCGGGCAAGAUCGUGGUGCAAGGAGGCGGUGGUCAGGAUGUUGCAGCAGCAGCAGCAUCUUCGUCUGCCAACAACUUGGACCAGAUCCACAAGCAACCAGUCACAGACAGUGACUUACCCCCUGCAACUACCAAUCAUCAUGCUUCGGAAACUACAACUACACCAUUUAAAACCGAUUCUUUGAUUACCGAUUUGAACAAAGAGGCUGCGAUGCAGAGGCAGCUGCACAACGUGCAGCUGUUGCAAGAUCCGCAUGAAGAACUCGGGCUGCACGGCAAAGCGGCGCUGUGGAACGUCCGGUUUAUGAAGACGAGGCCGCAGAUACUGAGUGGAAAACUUCACAAAUACAAACAUCUGCAAAAUUUGGUCUUUAGGGGCUUCAGGGCUGCUGGGAGGGAGUCCAGGGUCUGCGAAACGCGACGCCGGUGAGUCGAACAACAGCACAGCAACAGCGCGCGGCGUUCGUCUGUCCGGUAAGGUCCGGAGGGUUUGGCGCCGCUGGAUGCCAUACCGGACGACCACGAGCAUGCAUGUACUUCAAGAACAAAACCAGGCGGCUGCUGCCUUUCCUUUUCGUCGCGUCCGCCGAUGCGGUUUGUCGUUUAGCCCGUGACUGGAGCAAAAAAACGCUAUCCCCGAUUGGUAAACUUCCACAAAUGAACAGGCCCGACCCCUUCGGAGACCCCAAUAUCUGGGGCCCUUCGGAACAGCCAGAUUCCCAAUUCCCGAUUGGUAAAUUUCCACAAAUGAAAAGGCAGGGGGGUCCGGCGACCCCUGCCGGAGAGGUCGCCCGCGAGCAUUUUUCUGCGUCAUUUUGAUGCGAUUUUCGCCUUUCGGCGCUUCGACGCGACCUAUUACUGCCUCCGCCGGGGCCGCUUGGCGCCGGAAUUCCGGGCCCCCUGGUGUUGCCCGAAGAGCCCCAGCCCCGCCCUGCUAAGCGGCCCGCGCUGGGGCGACUUUGGUCGGGUUAAAUGGCGACCGCCUGAGGUGAAUGCUCUGGCGCCCCUCCCAAGGAUGCCCGACAGGGCCCAAAUUGCUGAAACACAUAACACCGGGCGCCUGCUUCUCUGCAGUUUUGCCCUUUAAACGUCAACUUUUGCAGAUAUUUGUAUUUGUGAAGUUUUCCCCUUAAUAGCAGAAGGAGCUGAGUGAUAGAUUUUUACUUUUCGAGGACAUCGAGAAGCACUUACACAAUCUGCAGAUGGCCUACUUCGCGUUCCGCUCGGACGUGUUGCAAAGACACAUGAAAAGACAGUACGCGAAGCUGCGGGAGAAUCAAGCUGGUGGCGCGGCGGGGGUACAUGAUGAACGACAAGCGUCCGCGACUCCUGCUGAUGCGUCGUCCGCGGACGAUUCGGGCAACGAAGACCGCGAAGCGGGUCGUGACUCGCCAUCUCUUGUUACUGGUACGAAACCAGUAGACACCUUGCAUUCUGUUGAAGAAGAACCAGAAUCUAACCCCUCCAUCCUGAUCAACGCCAGUCCUACGAUGUGGUCGCGCGAAAACAGCAUUUUCGAUUUGGGAAUCUUCCGCAUCUACCUCCGGAAUUUUCUUCCCUGGGCUUCGGUCGGGGUGAAGACCAUGUCGCUCAUGUCGAGUCGAGCGCUGUACUGGGAGAGCGCGUUGCAAGUCGGCAGGUUCAUUCACUUCCUACCGCAACUCACCCCGCCGAUGAGGCUACGUGCGGGGAUGUUUUUGCAAGAAAUGAAAUACAGAUUCGACGAGGAAUCGCAGAGCAUCGUGGUGGAAAGAAGGAGUAACGCGAAGAGCAAGGCUCCAGGACCGACAGCAGGAGUGCUACUCUCUACGUCGAUUUCUCCUCCUCCAAAACGAGGAAGUGGAAGUGGCUCUCAGCAGGAAAAAGCUGCAGACGACGACAGUGACGCCUCCUCGACCGGCCUCCUGGUGAACAAGAUCGCGCAGCAGAACUUCACGGAAAAACUCGUCGAGAAGGUCGCGAAAAACGCGGUGGGAAAACAGGACCGCCAUUCCUACGCGAAAGAGUUCACGAACCCGACGCUGUACGAGCGGUGGGCCGUGUCCAAAACCCGGUAUAGCGACCUGUCUUUGCCGUACCGGGAGGAGUUUGAGCGGUACCUGGCGCAGGCUUCGGUGAGGAGGUGGGAACAGGUGAAAAACGGAAGCUCGCAGGUGGAGCGGAGUUUGAGACUGAAAAGCGGGCUAGAUGUAGAAACCGAGUUUGAAGAUGGGCAGACUGCUGUCGAAGUGAACGAAGAUGGUACGGCGACUGUCGUUGCCACAGGUACAGCACCCGAACAAGAAACCGCAUCAAGGACGACCGAGGAUAUCAACUAUCCGAAAGAGCCAACCAGUCUUCCAGACACCAACGGGAGCGGCGGUACCAGGGUGAAACUCCGGAUCAAGGGCCUGCUGCGGCAGGCGGACACAGAUGUAGUCUCAGGCAGCACAGACAAUAAUUUACCCUCAACAAUACCUAACACACCAGUUCCCAGCGCCGCCCAGCAAGCAUCCUCGUCCGCUUCCAACUGGGCUUCCAUCUACCCGGAGCAGACCGUCGUGAAGAACGUGAAGAAUUGCGCGUAUUGGUUCAUGCGGCGAAAACUGGAGACGAACAUCGACGCUUUCGACAACAUCCACGCCGUGAUGCACAAUCCGGCCUACCGCGGCAGGUACCGACUCGGUGAUCACUACGUCAGCCUGAAACACCAAGACUUAGAUCUUCUUUUCAAAGCCGCUUUGGACGUAUGCAUUGCAAAAGUAUCGUACUAGUAUAAAUUGCAUCACAAAUUUUUUCAAGAAGAAAAAUGCAAUUUGUAAUGCUGUUUUACCUUAGGAGGAAGAUUUGUCAUGCAUGUUUGCAACUAGUACGAGUACGAGACUUUUGCACAGCAUAGGACGUGCAAGUGAUGCUGUUCAACAAACCGCUUCGGCGCAAAUUCAAGCGGUUUCCCGGGAAACUGCACUGGAUCACGUCCACCUUCGUGUCCUUCACUUCUUGCCUGCUCAACGUGCAGGGGAAUGGGAACCCGUACCUGAACCAGGAGUGCAAGCAGAUCGUGUCCCUGGCCGCGGUCGCGAAGGAGGUGGCGGAGUUGGCGCGGAGGAAGAAUUUGGAUUGCGUGAAUGUGAACAUGAUAUCCUGUGCAAAAGUAAGUAUCGUACUCGUAUAAAUGCUGCUCUUGCAUUACAAAUUUCUUUGUCAAGGCAAAUCAGCAUUACAAAUUUCAUUUCUCAUGCUGAGAAAAUUUGUAAUGCAUUUAUACGAAUACGAUGCUUUUGCAUUUCAUACAUGAACAUGUUCGUGGAUUCGGGGCACAAUCGGUUAGUUGAGUACACCGAGGAGGAGCUGGUGGAACUCGAAGAGUUCAUGGAACUCGCGGCAAAGUACUACGACGCUGACCUGCUGAAGCAGUUCGAUGUCGAAAUGCGGAAGUUGCUGGAGCAGAACAAGAUCCGGACCAAGUUCGUCGAACGAUACAACUUGACAAACGAGGAGAAAUUUGUACGGGAGUACGCGGAGGACACGCUGAAUUUUCGCCAGUACGUCGGCGGGUUUCACUACAUCUUCCGGGGUCGGGAGAGGGAAGAAAUGCUGGAGCGGGGCUAUGGGGAGGUGUUGGCGGGGGUGGACGCGGAAAAGGAUUUGCGGGUCGAGCCCAGGGAUCAGAUGCUGGUAGCAGCGGCGGAAAAAGACGAAAACGGCGUCGAGAUCAUAGAUGGGGAUGAAGCUUUGCAUGAGGAAUUAUUGGAUGCGGAAAAACGUUCUCUUUCUCACUCUCCUGCGAUAAACGACAAAGUAGACAAAAACACCAGCAAAAGCGCACCUGCUGCACCCGACACUGAAGACGGCGCUACAACGCCAACGAACUUCCUCGGGCAGCCGUUUGUUUCUGAGUACGGGGAAGGCGGGGCGCCGAUUGACCACAUUCUGUUCACGAGGCGGACCUUUCUGAACACCCGACUGCGCUACUUAGACAAGUCCCACCCAGAUCUCGCUUGGCGGUUCGAGUCGCUUGAGUUGCAGAAGCAAAACAUCAAUUUCGCGGAAAAACAGGCACGACGGAUAGAAUUGGAGGAGAUGCAGAUUAGACGGAAGGUCAUUUUGCAAAAAUCUCAACAAACUGGCACGGAGACAAUUCUUGCAGAGGACCCGGUGAUUCAAGCGAUCGAGUCCUACAACACGAAGAAGGAGCAAAGACAGGAAAACUUCUGCAAGAAACGGAACGUCGACUUGGAGACCCAGAAAAUCCUCCACAUUCGGCAAUCCGAGCACCAUCAAUUGAAUCUAAAACCGGUCUACUUCCACGGCGACUACUGCGAUAUUGAGUACCCGGCGGACAAAAUGCUGCAGGGGAAAGCGGCGGACGGGUGGUCGCUGAUUCUGACGCCCCCGCCGUUCGGCCGAUUGCGGAUAAAACCUUUGGUAAAGUUCCACAUUUUGCGAAAACCCUACGCAAACCUGUUCCACCACCAGGGCUCUCUGGCGAAGCAAGUACCGCUUCACGGCGCGCCGAAAUACUCGCAGGCAAGCAUCAACUUCGCCUUGAUGCACUUAGCGAGUUUGGCGCCACUGCUGAUAACGGAGGUAGGGACGUAUUGGACGGACGCGCUGGUGAUGAAGCGGCUGAGCAGCUGCGGCUACUUCCUUGACACUCUAGCGAAAGUGAAAGGGUUUCAGAAAAAGCAGAAGGAAUCGGCUCCCGCAUUUCAUGUCCAGCAGCUGGAUGACUCAUCCGAGGAGGAUGAUCAUGCUUUCAUCAACGACCCUGUGGCACUUGAACGCCGGAAAGCACAAAGACAAUUCGACAGACGAACCUUUGGGAAAGAUGACGCGGCUUUCUACACUGCCCGGAGCGAGUGUAAAAGCGUCGCUAUCCUCGAGGGAAACCGCACGGAAGUGAUGAAGCCGAUCUUCUACUGCGGCGAGCUAGAGUCCGACGAAGAUUUUGAAAGGUGCAGGUGCGCACUGUUGAGGGGAAGGUGCAGCCGACCAGGGAAUGAAUACCAUGGGUUUUUGUCGUGACUGCGGGGAUGUUCCAGUUGUACUGGAGCAGCUCACGCAGCGGAAAAAAACUUCAAAUAUAGAAAAGACAAAUAGAGCGAACUCUUUCACGCAUUUUUUUCACACAUGUUGACAUUUCAUCCACCCGAUUCCAGGAAAUGCAAGUUUUCGACCAUUGGAAUUUACAGGAGUAGGAGGGCACGGGUAGUACUAGUUGUACUACAACCUCCGGUACUGCAGGUACUACUUCCACGUGAGUUUAGUCCAACAAUAGUUCUUGAUCAGUGAACGAAAUUGAUAUUGAAAGCGCAUUCCAGUCUGCAAAUAAAACUUGAAAGUGAAGAAAGCAAAGACAGUGAAACGAAGAGUAAGUGAAAACGCGAAG